AUGGCGAUGAUGAUGACUGGCCGUGUGCUGCUGGUGUGUGCCCUCUGCGUGCUGUGGUGCGGUGCCGGCGGUGGCUACGCGUGGGAUCUUUCGGAUAAUGAAACGUUGCAUGAAAAACAUUAUGGAGCAAACGGUACGUACUGCAGGCUCAACAGCAACUACUCUUUUUGCGAAGAAAAAAGAAAUGCAAGUAAACGAGAACAAGCUGCCUCACAGGCGGGUGAUGGCGCUCAGAGAGACAAUGACAGUGAUCAAUCGAGUGCCGGUGGUUCCUCUGGGGGGCAGGAACAAACCUCGGAGAAAAAUGUUUCUGAUCGAUCGGGAGGAGCCACAGGUACACAACUACAAAAGCCGGGAGAGGGAGGAACAGAAACACCAACACCAACAGUCACCGCUGCUCAUUCUGCUGAUGGUCAGGGCAACAGUUCGGAGGAAAGUCAUUUGGGUCAACCGGAAGGAACUGCAGGCGAAGGUACACAGGCAUCACAAAAGCCGGGAGAGGGAGGAACAGAAACACCAACACCAGCAACAGUCACCGCCGCUCAAACAAGUGCCACGAGGACGCCUGACGACAGUGACAGCAGCACCGCGGCCUCUCACACCACCUCCCCUCUUUUUCUUUUUCUUCUUGCGUGUGCAGCAGCUGCUGCGGUGGUGGCCGCGUGA